AUGGAUGACAAUUCUACAACACUGCAUCCCCGUUCAAACUGUCUCUCAUAUCCCAGAGUUCUCCUCCAAGAGCCAAGCUUCAUACCUGGGACUCUUGAUUUGUGUUAUCAGGAAGAGACGCUGUCUCUAUCAACAUCAGAGGCUGAGUGUAUCGAUUCGUAUCUUAGCCUCAUCGCCGCGACGGCUCGUCUGCCUUCUGCGCUUGCGCUUCCGGUUGCCUUCCGACGCCCUCUCUCUCCGAUUGUUGUGUGCCUUGGUGUAGCAGACGUGGUGGCGAGGUUGCAAGGCACGGCGCAGUGCAUACAACAAACCGUCUUCGACAAAGGGCAGAACCCCCGGUCGAAACAAGUGCGGAGGGCAAAGGAUCAGGGAGGCGACGGCCCUCCCGGAGGAGAGCCAAGUAGCGACCGUCGUGUCCGGUCCAGAAUUCAUCACCGCUGGAUUGGUUCGCACGAAGUUCCCCUAUCCGCUUCUCCAAUAGUCGUGUCCACGCAGAAAAUCGCGAUGAUACUCCUGGAGAACUUCCACGUUGCCCCACUCAUCUUCGCUCACGGGCCAAGCAACGCGCUGGCCACCGAAGAUGUGUUGAUGGGUGUCGGCAGGUCGGAGAAGCGCCAGUCGGCGCAAACGGUCGUCAAACAAGAGUUGCACACCGUAAGCCGACAGCAAGGCGUUCACAUGCGAUUCGAUACUGCGGGAGAAGUCCCGGGCAAUAGUGGCAAUCUGUUUGUCGUGAGUAUCCAACGUGCCGGUGCCAGUAAGGUCAGCGAAACAAGCCCUUAG